UUCAGUACAAAACAAAGCAGGUCUCAGUAUCAUUUUUAAGGCAUCAAAAUUACUAUUCCACGUGUCCCUAAAUUUGUCUCGCAGUAAAACGACAUGUCAUGUUGACGUUUGUUAAGUUACCUUUAAAAAAUUCCAAAGCAGCUGCACUAGUGGUGUCGGGGCGGAGAGGAGACACAGACGUCGAUAAACUAAGUAUUUCAAAUAUGACGUCACUCACAUUUAGUUGUGUAGUCAUGGGAAGGUUAUGUUCCUCAUGUACAUGCGCAGUGAGUACUUCAACCAGGGGGUUCGCGCCACUCGAAUGACGUCGUUGUGCUACUCUAAGUGUAUAUACUCCAUACCCUAGUUUUUAUUCAGUCUUCGACAAAUAGUUUACUAAAACCUUACGAAAAGGAGGACGACGAGUUUUCCAGGACCGAAAGUAUAGAUGGAUAGCCAGGACAUGUUUGACCCAGUCAACAGUAAUUGCUUUACAAAUGGAGAAAGGAGUGACCCCUGCAAUCAGGAAUGUGAGCCAUCCAGUGAUGACUCUAUAAGUCUAUUACAAGACUUGGAUCCCAGCCGGGGAAGAGGAACACAUGUAGGAUCUGAAAGACAUCAUACAUCUUUAGAAACUAAUACAAUCAGCCAGAAAAAUAAGUCAACAGCAAGUCUUGUAAAGACUCCUCCAGGGACAGAAUGGGGAAAGUUGACAGAGUGUGUAGCAAACAACGGAAAUGGGAAAGUGCUUAGCAAAAUAAAACUUUACAGGAGAGAUAGCAAAGGAGAAACUAUACUUCACAGAACAUGCAGAAGAGGAGAUGUGACUUGUGUCAAAACCCUCAUUCAAAAUGGGAUCUGUGUAAAUAUGAAAGAUUAUGCUGGCUGGACAGCUCUCCAUGAGGCCUCUGCAAUGGGUCAUGUAGAAGUGGUUAGGGAGCUGUUGAAUGCUGGAGCUGAUGUCAAUGUUUCAAACCAUGAUGGUAUCAACCCUUUACAUGAUGCUGUGGCACAUGGAUACUACCAGGUAGUGGAGAUUCUGCUCCGGCACGGCUCAAAGCCUUGUGAUAGGAAUAUACUUGGCCUCAGUGCACUUGACAUGGCUGAGCGAGAGGACAUAAAAGAGCUGUUGCUGGCACCAUCCUCGAUUCAAGUCCAGCCUGGUGAGUUAUCCACUGAGGCUUCCUGCCGUAAGCAACUGCCCUCGCUUUUAAGCAACUGUCCCACCCAAAGUAACACAACAGAAAAUAUUCUAGUUAGAGUAUCAGCAGAUGGAGACAGAGCCAUACAAUUUGCAGAAGUUCAGAUGAGAAAGAAUGACACAGCAACUGAUAACUGGAAACAAUCAGUGGCUAUAAAGGAAAUUUUGAAGGAUGUGGAGAAGAAGCAAAUGGAAAUGUCUACCUGGGCUCUGACACAACCAGAGGAUGGAGUCAGAUAUUAUGCAGCAUUUACAGAAAUUCUUGCUGCACUAAUUGACGUACUUGCCAGGCAACGCCUGGAGAAGCAUCAACUCGUCAACAAAUAUAGAAGUAUUUCUUCAGCCAAUGGUCCACAUGUGGUGAAAAUUCAACUUAUCUCCCUUGCUUCACGACAAAGGAACCUAGUGGCCAUCCUUGAGAGGCAACUUGAUUUGAUACGAUUGCACGACAGUGCAACGUUCACUAGUCACCCAACCAGUCAUAUGAGUCAAGCGGUGCAAAACCCAGCAGGUCAGCUCAUACAAAAAAUGACAAUUCCAAGCCGAGGUGUUGUAAAGUUUUUGUUGAAGGGACGCUGUGUGCUAGGGGAUGAAUCUGUAAAGGACAGCCUUUCUCCAGAGCUCCGGUUGCAGUCCAUCAGAGAUAACGACAUCCCAGUUAGUCCCAGUCCUUCGUGUAUCCAGGACGAGGUGGUGUUCCAUGAAAACCGUUUUUUUCAUCCUCUCGAUAAAAGGCCUGAAUCAGAAUGCUCUGAAACGGCUUUACUACAUGGCAGUGCGAGUUCUACUCAGGAAACAGUGAUAACAGUGGCAAGCAACCUGAAUCAUAUAAUGAAAAUCAAGACUGUCUAUUUGGUGCCUGAUGAAGAGCUGAUACCAAAUGCUGUACUUGACAACUACUGGAAGAUGCUCGUACAGGGUGACACACGAUUAGAAUGGUAACCACUUCACCAACUCCAAUAUUUCAUUUUAGGUGUCUCAAAGAAUAAGUGUAAAAUUUCAUCGGUUUGCUCACCUAUAGACAUGGAUUUAUAUCACUGUUUUAUUUCAGGUUUGACAUUUUGCCUGUUAAAUGUCUCUAGUAUUUUCUCAUCAUUUUUUUGUGUCAAUUCAAAAUGUUUUCACAAUUUUAGACACGUUUUGUUUACUUCGCAUGCACCUAAAUAAGAAUGACGCGCCAAUAACAGCAUUAGAAAUACUCCAAUAAAUGGGCAGAAAAAAAAUAAAAACUUGAAACAACUGAAUUUUGUUUUUUCGUAGCUUUUCCUACCUAAGCGUAUCCAAUGCUUUGUAAUUCCUAAACAGCAGUAUCUGUAAUGGUCACCAGGACCACUUGUAUAAAUAAUAGAUGUCUGUAAUGAAGUUAAUGGAAGGCUUACCAUAGCAGGGUUAAUCAUUAUAUGCCAGUGUAAAGUUGCACUUGGAGUGACCCUUAAAAUAAUCUCAACUAUAUAGCAGCACACAGAAAAAAAAUACAACAUUAUAAAUCAACACUUUUGAAUGAGACCAUUUUGCAAACAUUUUCUGUGUAGUUGAGGGACCAGUUUUAUGUAGGUUCAGCAGCUCACAGGGUUAGGUAGAAGGAGCAUGGUGGAUGUGAAGUAAUAGUGUUAGACACAGUUAUGUGGUUGUGAGGGCCAGUGGGCGGACUGUUGCCGGGACUCCUUCCCCACCUACC